UUUAGAUUUUGAGCAUUAUUAUCAAUAUCAAUUAGAUUUAAAAAAUUUUUUGCACAUUCUUAUCUCUUAGGAUAAACUGCAUUUAAAACAAGCUGUAGUUAAUUAAAAAUGCUACCGUUUGUCUUACAGCAAAGUACAGUCGUGGUGUUUACUUAAGCGAUUGAGAUGACUGAAUUAUGCUCCAAGCAUCUAAGUAUUUAUUGAAAUUUUCAUUCAUUCGGCCAAUCCUUACAAAUUACCGAAAAAUGUCUGCAAUGCCUUUGGUUUAUGUAAGGCACAUUGAUCAGGACAAUACGUUGAAAAUUACAUUUUUUUAUGGCGACUCAGAAAUUCCUGACCGCAAUUUUACUUUUAUGCGACCUAAAGAGGAAAAAUUGGAGUCUGCAUUAAUGAGAAUAAAAAAUAAAAUUCAUGGUCAUGUUCUGCAGAAACUGACAAAGAAGAAGAAAAAGAAAAAUAUUGAUGCUGAGGAUGUUCAAGUUAGUCCUAUAAACAUAACCUUAACAAAAGACGGCGAAAUUUUAAAGGAAGAAUUGAAAAACACUGAUGCUUGGAUUUCAGGUGUUCAGGUAAAAAUAAAUGACAUAGUUUAUGAAAUUUCCGAAAAUGCACCAGAAGUUACUCACCUCAGUCUUCCUAAAUGCAUUAUGUCUGGUUUUCUCGUUUAUCCCAAAGUUUCUUUGGAAUUCUGUUCGGUUGAUGAUUCGAUAUUUAGAUGGUAUAGACUGACAACUAAGGUUGAAAGAGAUGUCUCUCUAGAGCCUGCUGAUAAGAGUAAAGGUGAAUUCUGGGUGAAACUAGCCGACGGGUUUUUCUAUGCUGUGAAAGAUUCUGAUGUGGGCUAUAAGCUUCGUAUUAGCUGCAUACCAAAGAAAGAAGAUAAAGUUGGGAUAAAAAUAGAGACGAUAGCACAAAAUGCAGUUUCUGCUGGUCCAGGAAAGUGUCCUUUUGAAGAUAGAUUUCAACAUACAAAUAGUGUAACAAGAAGUGGAAGAUUACGAUGUGUAUCUUAUAACAUUUUGGCUGAUUUAUAUGCAGAUUCGGAUACUGCAAGAAAUGAUUUGUUUCCAUAUUGCCCUGAAGAAGCCUUAGCCUUGGAUUAUCGAAAGCAAUUAUAUAUAAAAGAAUUAACAGGAUAUAAUGGAGACCUUAUUUGUUUGCAAGAAGUUGAUCGUAAAGUCUUCCAUGAUGAUUUAUGUCCUGUGACGGAGCCCCAUGGUUUGAAAGGAGUACUAGACUUAAAAGGUGGUCAAGUUGCUGAAGGCUUAGCAUGCUUUUAUCGAACUAAUAAGUUUAAAGUCCUUGACAACAGUAGUAUAAUAUUAAGUGAAGCAGUAAAAACAGUGCCUGUAUUACAGAGUUUACAUUCCAAGAUAUUAGAGAAUGAAAAAUUUGCUGCAAGGUUUUUCAGUCGAACUACAUCAUUGCAAAUGGUACUAUUAGAAAGCUUAGAAGUUCCAGGUAGACGACUUUUAGUGGGAAAUACUCAUCUUUAUUUUCAUCCAGAAUCGGACAAUAUCAGACUUAUGCAAGCUGCAUGUUGUGUAUCUUAUCUAGAGCACAUGCGUCAUAAAUAUCAAAAGCAAGACUAUUCAUCUUCAGUGAGUGUAGUAUUAAUGGGUGACUUCAAUAGCUGUCCUGAAUUUGGUGUAUAUGAAUUGAUGACAAAAGGCAGUUUAUCUGAAGAAUGUGCUGAUUGGAAAAGUAAUCCCGAGGAAGUGGUGACUGGACCAGAGUUGUCUCAUACCUUGCUUCUAGCAAGUGCCUGUGGAACCCCGACAUAUACAAAUUAUACUGAAGGCUUUGUUGGCUGUCUUGAUUAUAUAUUUUAUGAUAAAACUUGCUUGUCUCUUUGUGAAGUUGUGCCUUUCCCAACUCAUGCUCAGGUGACUGAACAUAAAGCUUUGCCAAGUAUAGUUUUCCCAUCUGAUCAUUUAGCUUUAGUAUGUACAUUAGCAUGGAAAUAAACAUCUUUUUGUACAGUUC